AUGGAGAUACCGAGAGUGUUCACUAUUGAAAAUGUUCUUUUAAGUAGGCGAGGCCAGUAUAGGAGAGGCACCCUCAUCCUCUCCAAAUACCAUAUGAUCUUCUCCUUUGUUCCCGAGGGAGUGGACCAAAAGCCCAAGGAGAUCUGGAUAUGUUAUCCAAUCAUAGAGAAGAUCGCCAAGGCUCGUGGAGGAUCAUGGGCUGCGCCAGUUGUAUCUAGUGGAAUGGAAUGGCCGAGCUUGCUGCCGCCUGUGGACUCAGAAUUCGACCGUUUCUCCGCCUCCAAUAUCCGGAUUUUCUGCAAAGACUUCACGUACUACCUGUUUGACUUUUUGAACGAUUUGAUCUGCUCUGAUGUAUACUUGAAAUUGAGUCUGCUUAUCAUGGCCCCAAAGAUAAAGCCCAGUAUACGAGAGUUCUAUGCGUUCGACUACAAAGCAAAUGUGUUGGAAUCAAGAUUGCAGACCCUGGGGAAAGACUUGUACGAUGCCAAGAAGGAGUAUAGGCGACAAAAUUUAUUGGUUGACGAUGCGAACUCUCCCUGGCGUCUUUCUAAGAUUAAUGAGGGCUACCGCUUUAGUGCUUCUUACCCUGACUGUUUCAUUGUCCCAGCAUCCAUUUCAGAGAGCGUUCUCCAGCACGCGGGUAAAUUUCGUUCGAAGCAGAGAAUUCCGGCCGUUGUUUAUAAGCACCGCGCUGGAGAAAACGGAAAUGUCAUCGCACGGUGCUCUCAGCCAUUGGUAGGUCUUAACUACCUGAACCGUUCACUUCAAGAUGAAAAGCUCAUUUACGAAAUCUUCAAUACGCAGAACGAAGAGCGUAUGAACAACCUUGAGGAAGAUUCAGAAUAUCGUGAGCAACCGCAGAGAAAUCUUAUCGUAGAUCUUAGGCCAAUAACAAACGCUAUGGCUCAACAUGCUCUUGGAGCGGGAACUGAGAUCGUUGACAACUAUAGAGGAAAGAGCAAAAAGGACAAAGAUUCCAAGAGUCUGGGUGAACAGGGAUCUAUGCAAUGCCAACAAGUUGAGAAGAUCUUCUGCAACAUAGACAAUAUCCAUGUGAUGAGGGACUCUUUGAACAAAUUGAACACAGUUCUUAGUGAUCUUGACAAAUUUCCGAGCGCUUCUUCUGACACUAUAGAGAACUUCUUUCCUCUACUCCAACAAUCGUUGACUAAAACGCAAUGGCUACAUCGACUCUCACUCAUCCUCCAAUCAGUUGAUCGAAUUGCUAAGUCAGUGCACUUGAAUAAUACUAAUGUCUUGAUCCAUUGUUCCGAUGGAUGGGAUAGAACAUCACAGGUUUCUGCCUUGACUCAACUUUGUCUUGAUCCAUUUUAUAGGACAAUGGAGGGGUUCAUGGUCUUGAUCGAAAAGGAGUGGCUUAGCUUUGGUUUCAAAUUUGCUACCAGAAGCGACCAUGGAGGGUGUAUUGGUGCGGUAAUGCCAAACACACUAAAGGAGCAGAAGCCUGACCCUAUCGCAGCAGAUUCGGAAUCAGCGCUGCUACAAAGUUCUAUUGUCAACUCUUCUCCAAGUAUUCCGUUGAUCAAUGAAAGCACAAAAGCUGCGUUUUCGUCAUUUUUCCUGAAAGCGGCGCACCACAUAAAAACGACCGCUUCCAAUGCAAAAUCGACCAUGUCUAUGGAUGCCAAUGGCGAGCAGACAUACUUCAAUACAUAUGGAGGAAGUAACGAGCGAUCGCCCAUCUUUCACCAGUUUCUUGACUGCGUGUAUCAAAUUUACAGGCAAAACCCAACCAAAUUUGAAUUCAAUAGCCGGUUCCUAAAACGCUUGUUCUAUCAUUCCUACUCAUGUCAAUAUGGAACGUUUUUGUGCAACUCAGAGAAGGAAUACAGGGUGGAUGAGAAGAUUAAAGACGACACAGUUUCUGCAUGGGACUAUUUCUUGUCUCGGAGAUCAGAAUUCAAUAACCUGUCUUAUGUAAAGCCCUCUAGCUCGGAAGUUAUCUUUCCAAAUUUCACGGAGAUCAAGUGGUGGUGUGAGCUUUAUGGAAGGUCAGAGGAGGAGAUGAAUGGCAUGUCUAAUUCACUCGAACGCAAGUUUGCGCAGAUGAAAUUGAAACAGAACACUGUGGCGCCUGUAUCAAAUGAGACCAGCUUGGCUCUGCUUGAUGGCUCAGAGGUGAUUGGCACUAGUCCAUCCACGAAUGCAUCACCUGUUGCACCGCAAUAG